GGAAGGAUAAGAGGAGGUUUGGGUCGGUGAGGACCGCGGGGACGGGACAAGGACCCUUUUCUUGCACGUGUGCAGACGCGUGCAUCACUGCCAAACUGCGAGUGCUUAGCCCACCCUCGUGUGUCCUAAGGAAUGAUAAUAGUGAUAGAAAGUUCAGAAGGGAGAGAGACGACGGAGAGGCUGUAGACGGGGAGUUGAGUGACCGUGCGGUGUGAGGUGUUCGCCCCAGCCCCGUUACAGGACAAAGACCGAAUACUGUGUACACUAACCUACCACCAUUCUCUUCAAACCUCUCCCACCCUUAAGUACGGCGACGACCCUCCAUGUGACUUACAUCUCAUAACUGUCUCAAAUAGUCAUUAUAUUGUAUCCGAACACUGCCUCUUUCGAUGAUCUCCUGUUAAUGCUCAAGUCAAGAAUACGUAGCUCCUAGUAUAACAAGUAAAAUAUGUAACAACAUCACUGCCAGUGUGUUAAACCUUCAGGGAAAACUGCCAUCAAUACACUAGCAAGUAUUCAUGCAACAGUUCUACAGACUAACAAGAUCUGUUCAGUCUGGAUUUCCAACCUUUCUUUGAUGGGCUAUCAAGGCAUUUCAACAAGUAUUGUACAUCGAGCCUGGGUUCAGCCGAGCCAAUGAAGUUCAUCUGCGCUUGGGGUUAAUGUUCAAAGUCCAGAGUGACUAUGAAUCAUCAUUGAAACACUUCCAGUCAGCAUUAAUUGAUGCUGGUCCAGCAUCAUUUUCCAAACUUGAAAUCCAGUUCCAUGUAGCUCACCUGUAUGAGCUUCAAAACAAGCACAGAGCUGCUCGGGAAGCAUAUGAGAACUUGCUAAAAGAAUCGGACCUUCCCAAUCAUCUCCGUGCAGAUAUACAACGUCAGCUAGGAUGGAUGUACCAUACUGUUGAAAGUUUGGGAGAGAAAUCGUACAGAGAAAACACUGCCUUACAGUAUCUUCAAAAGUCUAUUGAGGCUGACCCCAAAAGUGGACAGAGCCUGUACCUGCUUGGUCGUUGUUACUCUGCCCUUGGAAAAGUUCAUGAUGCAUUUAUUGCUUACAGAAAUUCAGUUGACAAGUGUGAGGGCAAUGCAGACACUUGGUGUUCAAUAGGAGUGUUAUACCAGCAACAAAAUCAGCCAAUUGAUGCAUUACAAGCAUAUAUUUGUGCAGUGCAAUAUGACAAAGGGCACACUGCAGCAUGGACUAAUCUAGGCAUACUAUAUGAAACGUGCAAUCAACCACGUGAUGCUCUAGCCUGCUAUAUGAAUGCAACACGUGGUAGCAACAAACCUGUAAACCCCAACCUUGCGCCACGCAUAAAAUUUCUCCAGCAGCAACUGGCAAAUGCUCCCAUGCCGAGUGCAAUUAACAAGCCUCGGCAACUGCUGAGCAUUGAGGAGGCCUGGAACCUACCUGUCACAACAGACAUGUCCAACAGGCAGCAACAGAGCCAGAGCCAGCAGGUGUCUGGUCAGCAAAGGGCACUAGGUGCUGGGGCUAGCAGUUUCCAAAAGUAUGGCCAACAGUUUGGACCUACUGGGUCCACAGGACCACCACCACCAUAUCCAGCCCCAGGUAAUGAUGCCAAGCGGUUCAAACCUGAUUUGGCUGGAGAUCAGCAGCGACCGCACUUCUACCUCAAUCAACAACAAAUGCAGGUGUUGCAUUAUCAGCAACAGAACCAAGCAAACUUAACUCCACAGCAACAACAACAACUUCAACAGUUACAACAGAACUACCGUCUCAUGCAACAGCACCAGAUGAAAAUGCAUCAACAACAGCAGUUACAACAACAACAGCAGCAACAACAACAGACAGGUGUGCAGGGUCCACAAGUAUCCCCAAGCCUUGCUCAGCCUCCUGGUUUUGUUCAAGGUGGUCAAAUGGCUCGUCCAGGACAACCAACUGGUGUUACAAGCUAUACACAACCAGCAACAAAUGGUGUAAACAGAGGAUUUGUUACCCAGAGACCUCAGACACCAACUACCAAUUACGGUCAGACUAAUCAGGCCUAUUCACAACCCUCAUCUACUGGUGGAUACAUUACCCAAACUCCAUCAUAUACUAAUGGAGGAGUUCCAACAACUUCUGCUAGUUAUGGUUUCAAUAAUGGCUACAAUAACAGUAACUUGAAUGAGGCAUUACCCAAAGACCUGAGUGGCAUUACACCAGAGACCACAGUUAGUGAUCAAGAACUCCAGGAGCUAAAGGAGCUUAUUAGCCAAAGGGAAUUUACCACAUCACUUGCAGAAGAUUUAUUAAAUCGCUUAGCGCAGGGGGAAGAUGUAAUUGAUGAGUUAGCAAAGGCAAGUGAUGUUGGCCCAGAAGUAGUCUUGCCUAAUACCCAGUUCUCCACAACAGCCACCUCUCCAUCCACAACAUCUGCCCCAACCACUGCAUCUGCUUCUGCUACGUUACAGUCUGGAGUUGCAUAUAUCAAGCAAGAAAUGACCGAUAAUAAGCUGACAACUCAAAGCAUUUUGUCUGAAACUAAACCUCGUUUGAGCAAUAUGAGGCUUUGUGAAAUUAAAGUUGAGCCAACAACUGAACCUGUAUUCUCAAUCACCAUGAAUAGUUCUGAUAUCAUCGGUGGAUGUAAAGGUCGAGGAGCCAGUGCCCGAAACUCGAGUAUGAUAUCGGAUAAACAGUUACCCCCAGCAUUGCCAGAACCUCCAAAAGUAAAGCUGAAUAAAGAACAGCUUCUACCUAAUACACCUUCAGUACUUUUAGACAACAAAAAGCUAGCUUUCUCACCGCAAUUGCAAGAAUUCUGUCUACAGCAUCCAAUAGCUGUUGUGAGAGGUUUAGCCUCUGCACUUAAAUUAGAUUUGGGUCUUUUUUCUACUAAAACUUUAGUUGAAGUAAAUCCAGAACAUACAGUUGAAGUUCGAACUCAAAUGAAGCAAGAUGCGGACGAAAACCUUGAUUUAGGAACUGAAACUAAAAUUUGGCCUUGUGCCAGUCAUCGUUCCCAUACCACGGUCGCCAAAUAUGCCCAAUAUCAGGCAUCCAGUUUCCAGGAGAGCUUAAAAGAAGAACAGGAUCGUAUUGCAGCAGGUGCACCAAAGACUGAUGAUUCUAAAAAGAAGAAAACCCAAAAAAUGAUAAAGUUUGGCACAAAUGUUGACUUAUCUGAUGAAAAGAAGUGGCGAGCACAAUUACAAGAAUUGAUGAAGUUACCAGCAUUUGCACGUGUUGUCUCUGCAGGAAACAUGUUGUCACAUGUUGGGCACUCAAUCCUUGGCAUGAACACUGUACAGCUUUAUAUGAAGGUUCCUGGUUCAAGAACACCAGGUCACCAAGAAAAUAAUAAUUUUUGCUCCAUAAAUAUCAAUAUUGGACCAGGAGAUUGUGAGUGGUUUGGUGUCCCUGAUGCUUAUUGGGGAGUUAUUGCCAACCUUUGUGAUAGAAAUGGAACAAAUUAUCUUCAUGGAUCAUGGUGGCCAGAUUUACAAGAGCUGUAUGAAGAAAAUGUUCCUGUGUAUCGUUUUCAUCAGAAACCAGGAGACAUGGUCUGGGUUAAUUCAGGGUGUGUUCACUGGGUCCAAGCUGUAGGUUGGUGCAACAACAUUGCCUGGAAUGUGGGACCUCUUACUGCACGCCAAUAUUCUUUGGCAUUGGAGCGCUAUGAGUGGAAUAAACUACAGAGCUUCAAGUCCAUUGUGCCUCUCAUUCAUCUCUCUUGGAAUUUGGCCAGAAAUAUCAAAGUUUCUGAUCCCAAGCUCUUUGAAUCAAUCAAGGGCUGUCUAAUGCGUUCACUUCGUCAAGUCUGCUUAUCUUUAGAUUUUGUCAAGAUGUGUGGCUUGGAUAUUAAGUUCCAUGGACGCACUCGCACUGAUGCAUCUCACUACUGUGGUGUUUGUGAGAUUGAGGUAUUUAAUGUGCUUUUUGUCAAAGAACAAGAGAGACGACACGUGGUACACUGCAUUGACUGUGCACGGCGUCAAGCCCCCCGCCUUGAAGGCUUUGUUGUGUUGGAGGAAUACCAUAUGAAUGACCUUUGCCAGGUUUAUGACAACUUUGUUUUGCACUCAGUUCAGGGACAGACGUUACCAGGCCAAGCACCAACCCCACCCCCUACCUCCUCAACUCCAACCCCCCUUACGUGACCUAGCCCAGUCCUAGUGGCCACUCCAUUGUGUUCAUUGUGACAAGGGGUGGUUCCUAGCCACACAGGAUAUAUCUCUUGUGAAGAAUAUGACUGUCUAUGCUCUACCUGUACUGUGCCAGCAUUCGUACAUGGGUGGAGAAGCACAUCUACAAGAGACGGCAAAUGUUAGUGAGCAGCAGUGUGUUACUGUAGAAAGACAAAGUGAUUUGCUGCAAGUAGCAUUAAGUUAUUAAUAAGAAUUUACGUCACUGCCAGUGCACCUUCCAGAGGCCUUUUCUAUUAUUGACUCCUUGUAGUCACGGUGGCCGUAUUUUUCACACCCUAAUUCUUGGAAGUUAUUGCAGUGAAAAAAUGGGCAUUAUGAAAAAAUGCUGCCGAGACAUUGAGUGAAUGGAGAAAAUGUGUGAACUGUGUGAUUGUUGAAAAGAAGCACCUAGAAAGUGUGCUUUAUGUGCUGCCACUCUCCAAGGCAUAAUGAUAAUGAUCUCAUAGAACUCAAGGACACAGGGAAGCAAGCAUCGCUGACAUUUGGAGAGUGUUUUGGGCAUGUUUGUGUGUGUGUGUGGUGGUUCAAUGAUGGACUUGCAAUUGUGCCAGGACUAAAGCGCAGGAACCACCAUGUCAUUUCCUCAUGGUAAUAAUAGUGGUUGCCAAGAUGGUUAACAGCCAGUGCUGAAUUAGCUGUAGUCGGGGUAGUAGAAAUUGCGUGUGGUUGAUGGUAUGGUACUACCCAGUCUUAAUUUAUUAGCCUUGCCUACGCAUUAUGUUCUCCUUCCAAGUUACCAGCCAAAGGGACUGGCCUUAGUUGUAGUUACAGGUGUGUGUGCAUUAAAAGGUUUCAAAUCACUGCCACAAGAAGUGAGUGUUUUAUCUUGUGAUAAUCUUAACUGCCACAAAAUCUACCACUUUGCAAAUUCUCACUUAGAGCUUACCCAUCUUAAAUCUUUCCACAUGCAUUGUUCUGGAUGCUUUGUGAUCAGCAGUUUUGUUAUGUACAGAUACAUAUAUUUUUACUGAAUGAUUUGGUUACAUUAAAUAACUCAGUUAUAGUAUCCCAGCAAGAACCCUAACUCAUUAUGUCCGUCCAUCCCAGUGCAUCUUGAAGGAAUGACAGAUGUAUGGACAGAUUUUCCUGUUAUUGUUUUAUUAGUGUUGUCUUCCCCCAUCCCUACAGUAUUUUACAAAUUUAUCCAUGUGUGUGGUUCAGAAUCACUAAUCCCAUAUUUUGGGAUUUUUUUGAAUGAAUGUGCAACUCUAAAAUGUUGGGCAGUAUGAUAAUUUUAUAGUCAUUUCCUUUCUAUAGUUGCUGUUUGUUAUUUAUUUUUUAUUUUUUUUUAUUGUUGACCUUUCUUUCUUUGUUAUCAGUUCUGAAUUAACAGAUAUUUUAGUUUUGACAAUUGCUAUGCAUUUUAAAUUGCAUUCAGAUGUAUUUGUUUCCAAUUAAGGCUCAUGUCAGGUGGAAAUGGUGAGCAGUAGGCCCUUCAGACAAUAUUUUUGGAAAUUCUGGAGAAACAUAAAGUAUGGCAAACUGAGUGCUCAACAAAUUGUACCUGAAAUGGGCGUGCCUAAGGAAAUAAGUUCCACACUAAAGAUUUAUUAUGUCGAUGCUGUUGACCGCAAGUCCUUACGAUGCCCUCGCAUUGUGGAAGGCUGAACAAAUAAUGUGAGCUCUGAGCUGAGAACUCUUGAACAAUAUCCAUACCAGAAGGCUGUGCACCAAGGAUUGAGUCCUUAAACCUCACUUGAGUUCUAGCAAUUUCACUUAAUUAUGAACUUAGUAUUGACUGUAGCACAUACUGAGUCACCAACAAGCUACACAGUACAAGACAGCUUGCUAUUUUUCAAGUGCUGUCUAAGGAUUUAGUUCAUAACUUCCUCUCCACUCCUCCCUAUUGAUUCACCCCAAACUUCUUUAUUCUGAACUUGUAUCAUGUAUAGUUUUUCAUGUGACACAUUCUAGUUUGUCCUCAGUAUUACACAUGGAACAUAUUCAUGCUUUUAUAACGAAUUCAUCUCUCCUUUGUAAGAAAAGUAUAUAUAUAUUAAAAAAAAAAGGUGUCAGUCACAUCAAAUUUUCAGCCAUGCAGUAGUAAAUAGAAAUUAUGAACUGUAUGUUGCUGUAAUAAGGGCUUUUUCUAUUAGCAGUUUUGUAAAUCCAGCACUGUAUUGCCUACAGUUAAUUUUUAUUUAUGUUAUUUAAAACGUAUGGAGUUCUAUCUGUAUGUAAUGUAAAAAGAACACCCUAAGUCUAUUCUUCCUCCUCGUGUAUGUAAGGUGUUGUCCUGCUCACCUACUAGAUGAGCUCGUAUACAUUUGUACAAUUUUGGGAGUAGGGAUUUUUUGGCAAAACAGUGGAUGUAGUUAAUGAGGUGUGGGUGGAGUGGAACAUGUUUUAACGAUUAUUGGGUAGGAGCAGCAUGACACUACUACAAACUUUAAAGUGUUUUGCCUAAAGCUCUGAAACAUAUUAAACCAUAUCAUUGAUUUCCAUAUAAAUUCUCAUUUUUUGUCACAACUAAAUCCAUUGUUAGUGACGCAAGCUAAUUGGUUAAUGAGAGCUUCUCCGCUCACACCUGUUUCAGGGAUCUGUGUUGACCUUGUGUCCAAUACUGUACAGAGUAAGUCUGCUAAUAAAGCCUAACUCACUGGAA